ACGCAAGAGAGGUCUGCUGUGCCGAACUCGGCCUCCCGCCUGGUGGCGCGGACAGACGGCGACGUGAUCAUCGGCGCCCUCUUCUCAGUGCACCACCAGCCGUCGGCCGACAAGGUGGCGGAUAGGCAGUGCGGCGAGGUGCGUGAGCAGUACGGUGUCCAGCGGGUGGAGGCUAUGUUCUACAUGCUGGACCGGAUAAAUGCAGACCCGAACCUGCUGCCCAACAUCACGCUGGGCUGCGAAAUCCGAGACUCGUGCUGGCACUCGUCGGUGGCGCUGGAGCAGAGCAUCGAGUUCAUACGCGACUCACUCAUCUCCAUCCGGGAGGAUGACGGCGGCCAGUGGUGCGCGGAGGAGGCGACCGCAGCUGAGCCACCGCCGGUUAAGAAGCCCAUCGCGGGCGUGGUUGGGCCCGGCUCCAGCUCGGUGGCCAUCCAAGUGCAGAACCUGUUGCAGCUCUUCAACAUCCCUCAGAUCGCAUACUCGGCCACCAGCAUCGACCUGAGUGACAAGAACUUGUUCCAGUACUUCCUCAGGGUGGUGCCCUCAGACACCCUGCAGGCCAGGGCCCUCCUGGACAUUGUCAAGCGGUACAAUUGGACCUACGUGUCUGCCGUCCACACUGAGGGUAAUUACGGUGAAAGCGGCAUGGAGGUAUUCAAGGAGCUGGCCUCGCAGGAAGGACUGUGCCUGUCGCUUUCGGACAAAAUCUACAGCAACGCUGGCGAGAAACACUUUGACAGGCUGCUACGCAAACUACGCCAGCGGCUGCCCAAAGCCCGAGUGGUGGUCUGCUUCUGCGAGGGCAUGACGGUGCGAGGCCUGCUCAUGGCCAUGAGACGCAAAGGAGUUGCCCGAGAGUUCCUUCUCAUCGGCAGCGACGGCUGGGCGGACCGCAUGGAGGUGGUCGAGGGCUACGAGGAGGAGGCGCUGGGCGGCAUCACGGUCAAGCUGCAGUCGGAGGAGGUGGCCUCCUUCGAUGACUACUUCCUGAGGCUCAAGUUGGACACCAACGUGCGCAACCCCUGGUUCCCGGAGUUUUGGCAGCACCGCUUCCAGUGCCGCCUGCCCGGGCACCCGCACGAGAACGGGAACUAUGUCAGGAACUGCUCAGGCUCCGAACGCCUGGAGGACAACUACGUGCAGGACAGCAAGAUGGGCUUCGUGGUGAACGCCAUCUACGCCAUGGCGCACGGCCUGCAUGACAUGCACGCUAGCUUGUGCCCCGGAGUCGCGGGCCUGUGUGACGCCAUGAGGCCCGUGGACGGAAGCCGCCUGCUGGACUUUCUGCUCAGGACCUCCUUCGCAGGCAUCUCGGGCGAGGACGUCCGCUUCGACCAGAACGGGGACUCGCCCGGCAGGUACGAGAUCAUGAACUUCCAGAGCGUACGUCCCGGCGUGUACGACUACAUCAACGUCGGCUUGUGGCACGAGGGCGUGCUCAGCAUCGACGACGACGCCGUGACGACCAACCGCAGUGGCGGGGUGCGCUCGGUCUGCAGCGAGCCCUGCUCCAAGGGUGAGAUCAAGGUGAUCAGGAAGGGCGAGGUGAGCUGCUGCUGGAUCUGCACAGCCUGCAAAGACAACGAGUACGUCCAGGAUGAGUUCACCUGCAAGGCUUGCGAGCUGGGAUGGUGGCCAGACCAAGAACUGGAAGCCUGCAAGGCCAUCCCCCUGCGUUACCUGGAGUGGAGCAGUCCUGAAUCCAUCAUCCAGGUGGUCUUCUCUUGCUUGGGCAUCCUGGCGACGUCAUUCGUGGCCUUCACCUUUGUGCUGUACCGUGACACGCCCGUGGUCAAGUCUUCCAGCCGGGAGCUGUGCUACAUCAUCCUGGCGGGCAUCUUCCUGGGCUACCUGUGCCCCUUCACGGUCAUGGCCCGGCCCACCGUGGUCUCCUGCUACCUGCAGAGGCUCCUGGUUGGCCUCUCCCCUGCCAUAUGCUACUCUGCGCUGGUCACAAAGACCAACCGUAUCGCCCGUAUCCUGGCAGGCAGCAAGAAGAAGAUCUGCACCCGGAAGCCACGCUUCAUGGGCGCGUGGGCCCAAGUAGCCAUUGCCUCGGCACUGGUCGGGGUGCAGCUGGGUGUGGAGGUGGCGCUGGUGGUAGCAGAGCCGCCCGAACCCAUACGGUCCUAUCCAAGCUCCCGUGUGGUCUUCCUGAUCUGCAACACCAGUAACCUCGGCGUGGUGGCGCCGCUGGGCUACAACAGCCUGCUCAUCCUCAGCUGCACCUACUACGCCUUCAAGACACGCAACGUGCCCGCCAACUUCAACGAGGCCAAGUACGUGGCCUUCACCAUGUACACCACUUGCAUUAUCUGGCUGGCCUUCGUGCCCAUCUACUUCGGCUCCGACUACAAGACCAUCACCACGUCCUUCUCCGUCAGCCUGAGCGUCACCGUGGCGCUGGGCUGCAUGUUCGUGCCCAAGAUGUACGUCAUCAUCGCCAAGCCUGAGCGCAACGUGCGCAGCGCCUUCACCACCUCGGACACCGUCCGCAUGCACGUUGGCGACGGCAAGGCGGCGUGCCGUGCCGGCGGAAGCCUGGUAGACGUGUUCAAGCGGAAGAAGAGUGGCAGUUCUAACAGCAAGUGUGUGCCCUGGUCUGCGCCAGGAGCGCGGCAACCUCCCAAAGGCGAGCACAUUUGGCACCGCCUGUCGGUGCACGUCAGGACGCAGGAGACGGCGCCGUCCAAUCAGACGGCCGUCAUCAAGCCGCUAGCUAGUAGGUACCGCAGUUCGCCGCUGUACAACGUGGCCGAGGAGGACGAGGCCGACGAGCUCGGCGGCGUCGUUGCAGAGCAGGAAGGGCUGGCUAAAUUCGCCAAUGACUUGACUGACAUGAUUGUUGAGGAGGAAGCCGGAAUCCUUCAGGGUUACCUGUACAACAAUGGCCUCCUGCCAGAUGAAGAAGAGGAGGAAGAAGUCAAAGUGGCGGCGGGGGAUUGCCUGGCGCUCAUGCCGCCCUCGCCUUUUCGGGAUUUCUCAGCCCCUUUCCCCAAUUCGCCUAUCUCUGAGUCCAUUUUGUCCACGCCGCUCAUCCUCAAAGACUUCAAGCAGAGCUCGUCCACUCUGUGA